ACGUUUACCAACACAGUUUUACCAAAAUGCCGCACAAAAAUCUAAAAUUAAGCGAAAUUAAAGCAAAUAUUCGGCAUGUCAUAGAAAAUUUAAGACAACUGGAGUACCUAAGUAGUGAACGAGAACAAUACUUCAAUGUGGAACAGGCGGAGGAACUGCAGCGCAGCACUACAACCCUGCUGUAUGAACUUGACCAAGUGCCGGGCCAAAAAGUAGCCGGCAUACAAAAACAAAGAAAACGUCGCCGACUCUUAGAUAAACAAAAAAAUAAGCGGGCAAAAUGGGAAAACAAGAUAUCAGGAAAACUAUUGUUCACAGAGAGGAAGUAUUCCAUAGAUCCCCCGCGAAAUCCCAAAAAGAAACAAGCGGAGCACAUCUCCCUACGAAAGCAACACGAUGCGGCCUCCAUUUUGGAAUCCCUUGAUCUUCUGGAGAAACUAUGCGAGUCUCGUGGAGGAGACAAGGCGGCACUAAGCCAAAAACUAGCCCAAAUGCGACGUGUUUGGCGACGGGUCCAGGAGGAGAGUAAAGGCGACCUUGUCAAAGAGUCCAAGAAGGCUGCCUCAACAGAAUCCCAAUGGGAUGCAGUUUUCUUUGGCCAAUCUGCAAAUUGGUUUCGGAAGACCAAGGGGAGGUUCCUAGAAAUUCGAUCAACCUGGGACUCUUACAUAAGUCAUGGCGGAAGAGGUUCCUAUAUACCCAAAGGAUGGGUGUUACCUUCGAAAAACCCAAUAGCUCAAUGGGCAGCCUACAGAACUGAAUUUUAACAUACUUAUUACUUAUAAAUAAAAUCGAACGACAAUGACAAUUCUAAAUAAUUAUAUAAGCCUUGAAAAUAGGUUUUCUCUACCCCCAUGUAUGAAUUGCGACUCCCACAAACCGAAUU